AUGCGUGCCCAAUUCUUCCUUCCACUUUUGGCACUUGUUGCUUGUCUUGCUGUUGCAGACGUCCAUUUCGUCAAUCCUCCCGCGUUCGUGGCAACGGACGAUUUCAGCACGAAUAUUGUUAUGGUUGAGGGGGAGUACGAGGACAUUCAAUGGGCGGACGUCACGAAUCCAAACAAUUCCCGAAUUUCGGUCACCAUGUGGCAGCUGAACGGGACUGAAUUCUUCGGCGCUCCUGAAUAUGUCAUUCGAAACGCGUCGUCGGAUGCCCUAUCUACGCCCUGGAUCGUGAACACACAAAAAAACCUCACCCUCUCACCAAUGUUCUAUCUCAACCUCUUCCUCGAAGCAUCUGCAUCCCAGACCUCGACACCCGCCUCGUCUGGCUUGAGCGCUGGGGCAAAGGCCGGUAUCGCAAUUGGAGUCGCUGGCGCAAUGUUUCUUGGCGUUCUUGCAGGCUGGCUAAUUCUUGGAAGGAGGGCGAAGAUGAAUAACGUGCAGACCAGUUAUUAUGAGCCGGUGAAAGUGGAUUACCAGCUACAAGAGUAUCCGCAGGAAGUUAAUGCCGAGCCGGUGGCGAGGUACGAACUGCCGCCAGGGGAGAGGCCACAACAUUAA